ACAAAAUGAUUAGCUUUUCCACUGCGACGUGAUGUAAGUUAAAUCAUUUCAACAUCAUUCAGUGUUUUAUUUGCUUCUCGGUGUUUAUUUCUCAGGUGUACACGCUGUGGCUGUUCUAAUUCACUGGAUGGGAUCUCAGGACGUUCACUUGUAGUUUCUGUCUCACCCUAAGUCAUGGCUGUUUAUGCUCCCUCCAGACUUCUGUUUAUGCACAGACUGGUGACAGUUUGCACAUCCAGUCAGAGACACGUGAAACACAGGGAUGUACUUGUAAAACUCACUAAAAGUAGAAGGGAGAUAAGAACUUUUUCAACCUCUUGUGUGAGAUGUAACAACAAUGAAGCUGACAGUUCAGAUUCCUCACACCUGAGCACCAAGCCGACAUCCAGACGAGAGCUGCCGCCCAGGAGCAGGCGACCCCUGUCCCCGCUGGAGAGGAUCAGCAGCCUGCUGCCCCAGGAUGCCCUGAGCCCCGAGGUGAUGCAGCUGAGAGAGCAGAGGCAUGAACCUGAUGAAGACCCAGACACCCAGCCAUCAGUCACACACUCCACACAAGAGGGAAGUGGACAUAAGGCGUCUGUUAAUGAGGACAGCCCAGAGACACUCCAGGCCUCUGAUGCAGCAGAGGAGCCAAACGCAGCAUCACUUCAUCAUCAUGAAGGGCAGGUAAGGCCCACUCUUCCUGGGGAGAACUUGCUCGCCUUCGGAGAGAUGCUCGUCGCUGAGUAUCGUAAAAAGAAGCGGGUGGAGUUCAAGAAGAUGUUCCAGCUGGACCCAGGGGUCCGUCUGCAGAGCAGCUGGGGGACCAUACCGCACAAUGACAUCGCCGGGCAGCCUGCAGGUCGGUUCCUGAAGACGAACAGGGGGGUGUCCAUCUUCAUACGCCGGGCCAGUCUGGAGGAUUAUGUGCUGUUAAUGAGGAGAGGGGCUGCGAUCUCUUACCCGAAGGAUGCAGCUACCAUGCUGAUGAUGAUGGAUGUCACGGAGGGAGACUGUGUGCUGGAGUCAGGCUCCGGGUCAGGGGCCAUGUCUCUGUUCCUGUCCAGAGCAGUGGGCUCUAAGGGCAGCGUUCUGAGCGUGGAGGUCAGGGAGGAUCACCACAAGAGAGCCGUGAAGAACUACGAGCGCUGGAGGAAGUCGUGGAGUGUGCGACGAGGGGAGGAGUGGCCCGACAACGUCCGGUUUCACAUCGCUGACCUGGGCUCGGCCUCGUCGCUCCUCGCCGGUCGGGGGUUUCACGCGGUUGCUCUGGACAUGGUCAACCCUCAGCUGGUUUUACACAACGUGCUUCCACAUCUGCACCCCGGAGCUGUGUGUGCCGUCUACCUCGCCAAUGUCACACAGGUCAUCGACCUGCUGGAGAGUCUUCGGUGUUCGUCGCUCCCUCUGCUGUGCGAACAGAUCAUGGAGUUUCCGUCCCGGGACUGGCUGGUGGUCCCCGCCCUGAAGAAAGACGGCAGCUACUGCACCAGGAACGCUCCAUUCCUGGGUGAAGACCUGAGGCAGGAAGAUGACACAUCAGAUGAGCCCGACAAAGAGGAGUCAAGCACAGAGGAAGACCCCGACCCAGCGUUUGGGAGCGUUCCUUACAUCGCCAGACCUCAUCCUGAACAGAUGAGUCACACAGCAUUCCUGGUGAAAAUGAGGAAGUUAUGCGUUUAGCUGUGAAGAACCCUGGACAGAAAUGAAUGUUACUGGUUUACGUGGAAAUAAUUUAAAAUAUCAUAAAAUAAUUGAGAUCAAAA